AUGGUGUUGAAAACCCAGAAGUUCCACAACACGAACCUCAUAUUAAUAUUUUUUGUUGGACCGUUAUUUAUUUACAAUUCUUAUUGAUAUUAAUUAAUUUUUAUGUAAUUUAUUUAGAUGAAUUCCCUAGCGAGUACAACGGGGUGCUUGAUCUACAAGGAGUAGAAGCAGUGGCUGACGAAAAUAAUGUUGACGUUGUCAUGUUGUUAGACAAUGACCCAGUUAAUGAGGAAGAUUUUAUCAUUCCUGAAGACAGAGAUCCAGAUGUAAUUUAUAUGAUGGAACUUGAUGCUAGGAGCAGACGGUUGGAAUUGGAGAAUAUUCCAUUUGUACCAGUACCAAUUGUCCUUCCUACCUUAGAAAAUCAAGAUUCAAAAUGUAUUAUAUGCAUAGAGGCCGACAGAACUCACGCAUUCAUUCCAUGUGGCCAUAAUAUUUUAUGUGGUGAUUGUGUCAAUCUGUUGGAACCCAAACGUUGUCCUGCGUGUAGUGAACAUUUCACUACCUCUCUUAGAAUUUGGUAAAACAUAAUUAUAAAAUAAAUACUUUGUUCAUAAUGACUGUUGUGUACUUAUAUACCUAUGAUAUAAAUUAACAACUAUACAUGUA